AUCACAUGCAGGUCACGUUUGACAGCUUUUCAAGUUGCAACCAACCGUCAGCAACAUCAUGCAUCGCGGCGUCGGUCUUGCUGCCUUUGAUAGAGAACAAGUAUCACAGCGUUUUGCAGAACUAUCUUCAGAGCUCUCGAAAACCCAGGUCGAUCAUCUGCAAUCGCAACUGACACAAUUCCGAACCGCCCUUUCGCACUUUGCAACGACACACAGAGAUUCCAUUCGUAGCGAUCCAGCGUUCCGCCAUGCAUUUCAGAAGAUGUGCUUAUCAAUCGGCGUGGACCCGCUCGCUGGACCAAGAAAAGGCGGCUGGUGGGCGGAGAUGCUUGGAAUGGGCGAUUGGCAAUAUGAGCUGGGAGUUCAGAUAGUAGACGUGUGCGUGAGCACAAGAGAAAGGAACGGGGGCGUGAUAGAAAUGGGGGAGCUCGUCUGUAUGGUCAGCAAGCUACGUAACGGCGAGGAUGCUAGUGGUGUCAUUACAGAGGAAGACGUCAUUAGAAGCAUCAAGACACUCCAACCGCUCGGCGCUGGAUACGAAGUGCUUGACGUUGGCGGUGGAAAGAAGAUGGUGAGAAGCGUGGUCAAGGAACUCGAUGCGGAUCAGGCUGUGGUUCUUGCAGAAGCACAAGUAGAAGGUGGAUGGAUUGUUGAAGCAAUCUUGGAGAACCGUCGAGGAUGGACAAGAGACCGUGCUCGAGCUGCUCUGGAGAAUAUGCUUCUUCGAGACGGACUCUGCUGGCUCGAUUCUCAAGACGAGCACUACGGGCGAGCCUAUUGGGUCCCUUCCGCCAUGCAUUGGGACGAGUAAUUUUGUCACUCACCCACCAAGCUUAAGCCCCCGAAGAUACAAAUUCCCCUCAAAGAUCGAGUGGGGUUGCACCAGUCACUUGCAGUUAUCAUGUCAGAAAUUCCAAGAUCGCUUUCGUUCCGAAGGCCAGUUCAAAGUUCGGCGAAAGCGCCGCUCGGGAGGCAGAUACAAGUCUAGGAUGGAAUCAUUCAGUCCAUGCAAUUUGGAGUGGCGUCAGAUGGAAGGGACAUUUAAUAAGUACUACGAG